GAAACAAGUUGAGUGCGGAGCUGUAGUGUUCCUCAACAUAACAACUUCCGCUUGUGUUGACUAGACGAAUAAGAGGGACUCAAAAUGGGGAAGAAACAGCAUCAGAAAGAUAAACUGUACCUGACCACCACUGAGUGGAGGAAUGAGUGGGGUGGCUACAAAGGGAAACAGAACACGGGGCAAAAUGCCAGAUUCAGGAGACUACCUUUCCACUGCUGCAGUCUGUCUCUGCAGCCAUUUGAACAUCCACUGUGCACCAAGGAAGGAAUAAUUUUUGACUUAAUGAACAUUUAUCCCUUCUUGAAGAAGUAUGGAGUGAGCCCAGUUACUGGAGAGAAAAUGACCUCCAAGGACCUGACCAAGCUGACAUUUCAUAAGAAUGCUAAAGACCGCUAUCACUGCCCAGUCACCUACAGGAUAUUCAACGAGAACACUCACAUCGUGGCCAUCAAGACCACAGGCAAUGUGUAUUCCUAUGAGGCUGUUGAGAGACUGAACCUGAAAGUGACCAACCUUCGGGAUCUGUUGACCGACGAGUCGUUUACUCGGAGGGACAUCCUUACCAUCCAGGAUCCUACAAACUUGGACAAGUUCAACAUGUCAGAUUUCUACCACAUCAAAAACAACUUGAAAGUUCCUGAUGAAGACAGCGAGCUGUCCAAGACUGACCCCAAGUACCGCCUGAAGAACAUCAACUCAGAGGCCCGGGAUGCGCUUGAAGAACUGGACCGCGACUACAAACCCAAGGAUCUCCACCUGCUGGGUAUUACAAAUGAGCAGAAAGCCAAGGCAGACAAGUUCAAUGCCGCAUCCUACUCAACUGGGGCAGUAUCAGCCUCCUUCACGUCCACUGCAGUGACCCCGCAGACGGAGCAGGAGUCUGCUCUGAUCCAUGAAGACGUCUUGAGAUAUGAGCGUGUCCGCAAAAAGGGUUACGUGAGGAUGGUGACAAGCCACGGCACCCUCAACAUAGAGAUCUUCUGUGACAUGGUGCCCAAAACGUGCGAGAACUUCAUGCAGCUGUGUGGCAGGGGGUACUACAACGGACUGAUAUUCCACCGGUCCAUCAGGAACUUCAUUGUCCAAGGUGGAGAUCCAACCGGCACCGGGAAGGGUGGAGAAUCAUGCUGGGGUCCUGCCUUCAAGGACGAGUUCAAACCCAACCUGACCCACACAGGCAGAGGGAUGCUGAGCAUGGCCAACAGCGGGCCCAACACUAACACGUCUCAGUUCUUCUUCACAUAUAGGUCCGCCCGACAUCUGGAUGGUAAACAUGCUGUGUUUGGCAAGAUUGUUGGUGGUUUGGAGACCUUGGACAAAAUGGAAGCUAUUGAAGUCAACAAACAUGACAAACCAAAGGAAGAAAUCAAGAUUGAGAAUGUCAUCGUGUUUGUGAACCCGUUUGAUGAAGCGGAUGAACAGCUGAAGAAAGAAAGAGAAGAUGAACUUGAGAAACAGAAGGCAGCAGCAGAAGCAGAGCGGAAGAAGAAGGAACGGAGGAAGAUGGAGGAAGAGGGACCACGUGUUUUCAAGAAGGGUGUUGGGAAAUACAUCAACAUGUCAACACUUAAGCGAAGUAAGGACGAGGAAGAUGCUUCCUCAGAGACAGUCAAGAAGAAGAAGACAAAAGGAGAAUACUCAUUUGGGGACUUCAGUGCCUGGUGAUGCAGCAAGAGUUGUCUCAUGCCGUUACAGGGGGCAUGUCAGUGAUGUCGCAGGAGCCAGGACACCAGGCAGAUUACCAUGACAGAUUCUUACAUUCAAGAUUCUUUAGAUCAGAGUCCCUCAACUUGAAGCUCCAAGUUUUAUAAGACCAUAAUAUCUGUCCGUGUUCUGGUUAUUUUCAAGGGGGGGAAUAUGAAGCCAUUAAUCAUGAGUCAAACAGCAAGAAUUUCAGCUUUAGUGUCAGUAAGUUGUGUAGAUGACCAUGUCAUUGGUCCCUGAAAAUGGAAGUGACUCCAUGUCGGAUUUAACUGGAUUCCUGGCCAGAUACGAGGGGCGUUCAAUAAGUUUUGCAACUCUAGGCUGUACAGUUAAAUCACCCACCCUACAGCCCAGACUUUCUCCCCAGUGACUAUUUUCCUUUUCUGGCAAAUGAAAUCUGCCCUACAUGGAAGAAGCUUCCAGGAUGACGAGGACAUAAAGGCUGCCACAGAGGUGUGGUUAGAGGGCCAAUCUGCGGAUUUCUAUAAAAGUGGUAUUAAAAGCUUGAAGGACAAAUGGAAUAA